GAACGUUGCGGAUUUUCCCCACACUCUCGUUAUCAGGACGACAUUUUUCCAGUUAAAAACGAAAGUGUCUAUAAAUCUGAAACCGAACGUGUUUUAGUUUUAUAUAAUAUAUUUAUAUACACGGCAGGGAUCCGGACGUGCACUAGGCAGGUGCGCGUGCACGGUGCGCGAGCUGGCGAUGACAUCACCUGGUGAAUAUAAUAAAUGUAUAUCAUAUAGAUGUGUUUGUCGCUACGACACGGAGCUCAGAGUUUGAGGUUUAACAUAAACAUUAGACAUUAAACACGGUAAAGAUGAGCUUUCUGGGUCGGAACCGGAUGCUCGGUCUCGGUAUCGGUGUCACCGUCAGUACCGCACUGAUCGCGGUGCUGCUCAUUAAACACAUGGUGCGGAGGAGGAGGAAACAGCGCCCCUUAGAGGUGACACACAGCACUGCAGCUGGGGACAGACGGACAAACCUGGGACAGGAGGGUGGAGUAGCAAUAGCAUCUGUCCUGAGCGAGUUAACCCCAGAGCAGCACACUGAGCUGAAGAAGACUCUGAAUGAGGUGAUGAUGAGUGUGACCACUCUACGUGGUGAAGUAGCCGAGCUGAGGGACGGCCUGAGAGACAUCGCCAACACCAUAGUUGAGGACGUCAGGAAAGGAGUGGAGGAAGGGCAAAGGUCACGGCGGCGACGUCACUUCCUGACGAGGGAGCGUUCUGACUCCAUGAGCUCCAGCUCCAUUUACUUCACUGCCAGUAACGGGAUGAGCAGUCGGAGCGAGGGCGGAUACACAACAGCUUAUUCGACUGCAGAGUCUGACUACACAGACCGAGAGACAGACAGGGACGAGGACCAGGACGAGGAAGAUGAAGACGAGGAGGAGGAGGAAGAGCGUAGCUGUGCCACAGUUCUGACUCUCCAGCCGGACGAGCCGCAGUCUGAGGAAGAUGAUGUGGAUGCUGAUGAAGAAGUGGUGGUGAUGAGUCCUGAACUCGCUCUGCUGCUGACCCAGAGUGACCUCCUUCAUGCUGGGGAUUCUGGGAAAAAAACUGAUGGAUUUAUUCUGUUAAGGGAGAACAAACCCCUGUACAGUGAUAAUAUUGAGUUUCUAUGGCGACUGGCUCGAGCCUACAAUGAUAUGUGUGAGCAUACAGAGGACGAGGAAGAGCGGCGAAGUUAUGCAGAGCAAGGUCGUGAUGAGGCAGAGUCAGUACUUCAGAGAAACGGACUGAACGCUGACUGUCAUAAGUGGUUUGCUGUGCUGACCAGUCAGAUGUUGCAGUGUGACAGCAUGCACAGUAAACUGAAGAGCAGCCACAUACUCAAGGAACACUUGGAUCAUGCUUUAGCUCUCAGAGACGACGACCCGCUGUGUUUCUACCUGAUGGGCCGCUGGUGCUAUGUGAUUAGCAGGUUGUCGUGGUUGGAGCAGAAGGCAGCAGCUGCUGUGUAUGAAACUCCUCCAUGUUCCUCUCUACACCACGCUCUGGAGAACUUUCUGAAGGCUGAAAAGCUAAAGCCAGGAUCCUCCAGAGCAGUAAGACUCUACAUUGCAAAGUGUCAUAAGGAUUUAGGAAACGAAUCAGAGGCGAGGAACUGGGCACACCUGGCACUGACCACACCCACCAACACCCACCAGGAGGCAAAGCUCUCUGUGAUGGAGGCGGAGCUACAGGCUUUGAUUGACAGCCCUGCUGUACAGCUGUAAGACUGUGGAGUGAUCUUUCUCUCAUUCCACCCCACGUCCAGUUGAUGCUCGAGCUUUUCAACAAACAUCUUAACCAAGCUAAAGUCCAUUAGAACAUCUGUCCUAACGUUGCCUACUCAGGCAGCCUGGUGUCACAAUGAAGUGAUGGUGUUAUAACUGACGUACGAGUCUUUAAAGAGACGACAUUUUAAAGCUGCUGUUCAGGUGUUUCUGUAACUUACUUUUCACAAAACUAUUUAUUUCACUUCUAACUUAUAAAUCCAUCAUGAAGGCAGCAUGUGUUUGAGAAGUGUGCUUUAAUGUGACAUUCCAAAUGCUCAGAGUUUUGUUCUGAAGCAAAUAAAACAUUCUAAACAUUC